UCAUGGGCAACACGGCCAUGUGUAAGGUGUGCGGCUCGGACAAGGGCCUGAGGACGACAGGGAGCCAAUCUAACCUGGACCAGAAUCCUGCCCCCGAAUACUACUGCGAGGAGCAUUAUCCUGUGCAGCCUCCACUGACGGUGUCGGACAGUAACACCAGUUUCCUGCGAGCGGCAAGAGCAGGGAACAUCGACAAGGUUUUGGAAUACCUGAAAGGAGGAGUGGACAUCAGUACGUGCAAUCAGAAUGGUCUUAACGCACUGCAUCUGGCAGCCAAGGAGGGCCAUGUGGAUCUGGUCCAGGAACUGCUGGACAGAGGUGCAGCGGUCGAUUCAGCCACAAAGAAAGGAAACACAGCGCUUCACAUAGCCUCUCUAGCUGGUCAGGCUGAAGUCGUGAAGAUCCUGAUCAAACGAGGAGCGGACAUCAACUCACAGUCUCAGAAUGGAUUCACUCCCUUGUACAUGGCCGCUCAAGAGAAUCACCUAGAUGUGGUGCGAUACCUUCUGGAAAAUGGAGGCAACCAGAGCACUGCUACCGAGGAUGGCUUCACCCCUCUGGCCAUCGCUCUCCAGCAGGGCCACAACCAGGUGGUUUCCGUCUUACUGGAGAACGAUACUAAAGGCAAGGUCCGCCUGCCUGCAUUGCAUAUUGCUGCACGCAAGGACGACACCAAGUCGGCCGCCCUGCUCCUCCAGAACGACCACAACGCCGAUGUCCAGUCCAAGAUGAUGGUCAAUAGGACUACUGAGAAUGGCAAGAGUGGAUUCACCCCCCUGCAUAUCGCCGCCCACUAUGGGAACGUCAAUGUGGCCACGCUCCUGCUGAACCGAGGGGCAGCAGUGGACUUCACUGCGAGGAAUGGGAUUACUCCACUGCAUGUGGCCUCCAAGCGUGGCAACACUAACAUGGUUCGUCUGUUAUUGGACCGUGGGUCUCAGAUUGAUGCUAAAACAAGGGAUGGUCUCACUCCCCUCCACUGUGCGGCUCGGAGUGGACAUGAUACAGCUGUGGAGGUGCUGCUGGAGAGAGGAGCUCCCUUAUUGGCCAGGACAAAGAACGGACUGUCUCCUCUCCACAUGGCAGCGCAAGGCGAUCACGUCGAAUGCGUCAAACAUCUUCUGCAGCACAAGGCGCCUGUUGAUGAUGUCACAUUGGACUACCUGACGGCGCUCCAUGUGGCGGCACACUGUGGUCAUUACAGAGUCACCAAACUGCUGCUGGACAAGAGGGCCAACCCCAACGCCAGGGCUCUGAAUGGCUUCACUCCGCUGCACAUAGCCUGUAAGAAAAACCGGGUAAAGGUGAUGGAGCUGCUGGUCAAGUAUGGAGCCUCUAUCCAGGCCAUCACAGAGUCCGGUUUGACUCCCAUCCACGUCGCGGCCUUCAUGGGUCACCUGAACAUCGUUCUGCUGCUGCUGCAGAACGGAGCUUCACCGGACGUCAGCAACAUUCGUGGAGAAACAGCGUUGCACAUGGCAGCCAGGGCAGGUCAGGUGGAGGUGGUUCGAUGUUUGCUGAGGAACGGAGCGAUGGUGGACGCCAGAGCUCGGGAGGACCAGACUCCCCUCCAUAUUGCAUCCCGUCUGGGAAAAACUGAAAUAGUCCAGCUGCUGCUCCAGCACAUGGCCCAUCCUGAUGCUGCCACAACCAACGGCUACACCCCCCUCCACAUCUCCGCCAGGGAGGGGCAGGUGGAGACGGCCUCUGUGCUGCUAGAGGCUGGGGCUUCUCAUUCACUGGCCACUAAGAAAGGUUUCACCCCCCUGCAUGUGGCCUCCAAGUACGGAAGCCUGGACGUGACCAAACUUCUGCUCCAGCGUCACGCUCCACCUGAUUCUGCUGGAAAGAACGGCCUCACCCCGCUCCAUGUGGCCGCACAUUACGAUAACCAAAAGGUUGCACUCCUGCUUUUGGACAAGGGAGCGUCCCCCCUCACAAUGGCCAAGAACGGCUACACUCCUCUCCACAUCGCCGCCAAGAAGAACCAGAUGGAAAUCGCUACAGUACUGCUGCAGUAUGGAGCCGAGACCAGCAUCCUGACCAAGCAGGGCGUCACCCCGCUCCAUCUGGCCUCCCAGGAGGGCCACGCCGACAUGGCUGCCUUGCUCAUGAGCAAGGGGGCCCAGGUCAACGUUCCCACCAAGAGCGGCCUGACUGCCCUCCAUCUGGCCGCCCAGGAAGACAAAGUGACUGUUGCAGAGAUCCUCGCCAAAAACGGCGCCAACCUCGACCAGCAGACCAAAUUGGGAUACACUCCACUAAUUGUAGCAUGUCACUAUGGUAACGUCAAGAUGGUCAACUUCCUGCUACAGAAUGGAGCCGGUGUCAACGCCAAGACCAAGAAUGGAUACACUCCCCUUCACCAGGCUGCCCAGCAAGGCAACACACACAUCAUUAACGUUCUGCUGCAACACGGCGCCAAGCCCAACGCUAUAACUGUGAAUGGUAACACUGCUCUGGGUAUUGCUCGGAGGCUGGGCUACAUCUCUGUAGUGGACACGCUGAGGGUCGUCACAGAGGAGAUCAUCACCACCACCACGACGGUGACAGAGAAACACAAGCUGAACGUGCCAGAGACCAUGACUGAAGUGCUGGAUGUCUCGGAUGAGGAGGGUGACGACACGAUGACAGGCGAUGGAGGGGAGUAUCUGAGGGCCGAGGACCUCAGGGAGCUUGGAGACGACUCCCUCCCCGGGCAGUACCUGGAUGGAAUGAACUACCUCCGCUUCAGCCUGGAGGGAGGACGCACUGACAGUCGAAUAAAAAGUUCAGACAGGUCCUUCACCCCCACCCACCAAAGCUACUACUCCCCUAAACAUGAAGGCAUGAUGGAGGAGAUGCUCACCAGCCACCAGGUUUCAUCACUUGCCAGGGAGAAUGACAGGGAUUCAUACAGACUGAGCUGGGGGACAGAGAACCUGGACAACGUGGCUUUAUCCUCCAGCCCCAUCCACUCUGGCCGUUCCUCUCCGUGCCAUGAUCAUGGAGACCACAGCAGCUUCCUGGUCAGCUUCAUGGUGGAUGCCAGGGGUGGAGCCAUGCGUGGUUGCCGACACAAUGGCCUGCGCAUCAUCAUCCCGCCCAGGAAGUGCAGCGCGCCCACGCGGGUGACGUGUCGGCUGGUGAAGAGGCACCGUUUGGCUACCAUGCCCCCGAUGGUUGAGGGUGAAGGCCUGGCCAGCAGGCUCAUCGAGGUGGGGCCCUCGGGAGCCCAAUUCCUCGGUAAACUUCACCUCCCCACUGCCCCUCCACCUCUUAAUGAGGGGGAGAGUUUGGUUAGCAGAAUCCUCCAACUCGGUCCACCGGGGACAAAAUUCCUCGGUCCUGUGAUCGUGGAGAUCCCCCACUUCGCUGCCCUGCGGGGGAAAGAGAGGGAGCUGGUGAUACUGAGGAGUGAGACAGGAGAAAGCUGGAAGGAGCAUCACUGUGAACACACCCAGGAAGAACUCAACCAGAUCCUCAAUGGCAUGGAUGAGGAGUUGGACACACCGGAGGAGCUGGAGAGGAAGCGCCUUUGCCGUAUCAUCAGCAGAGAUUUCCCACAAUACUUUGCUGUGGUGUCACGCAUCAAGCAGGACAGCAAUCUGAUUGGUCCUGAGGGAGGUAUCCUGAGCAGCACAGUUGUGCCCCAAGUGCAGGCAGUUUUUCCCGAAGGGGCCCUCACCAAGAGGAUCAGGGUCGGACUGCAGGCCCAGCCAGUGAAUAUAGAUGUAGUGAGGAAGAACCUGGGGAACAAGGCAACCUUCAGCCCUAUUGUCACCCUGGAGCCCCGCAGGAGAAAGUUCCAUAAACCCAUCACCAUGACCAUCCCUGUUCCCAAGAGCAACUCCGACCCAGUCCUGAACGGUUUUGGGGGAGACACACCCACCUUACGCCUGCUCUGCAGUAUCACUGGUGGAACGACGCCAGCCCAAUGGGAGGAUAUAACAGGAACCACCCCAUUAACAUUUAUCAAUGACUGUGUCUCCUUCACCACCAAUGUGUCUGCUAGGUUCUGGCUCAUAGACUGUCGGCAACUCCAGGAGUCUGUCAACUUCUCCACUCAGGUGUACCGAGAGAUCAUCUGUGUCCCUUACAUGGCCAAGUUCGUCAUCUUUGCCAAGACCCACGACCCCAUCGAGGCCCGCCUGCGCUGCUUCUGCAUGACAGACGACAAGAUCGAUAAAACCCUGGAGCAGCAGGAGAACUUCACUGAGGUGGCCCGUAGCCGAGACGUAGAGGUGCUGGAAGGAAAACCGAUCUAUGCAGACUGUUUUGGAAACCUUGUUCCCCUCACCAAAAGUGGCCAACAUCACCUCUUCAGCUUCUUUGCCUUUAAGGAGAAUCGACUAGCACUCUUCAUCAAAAUAAGAGACAACACUCAGGAGCCGUGUGGCCGCUUGUCCUUUAUGAAAGAACCAAGGAACUACAGGUCACUCACCCAGAAUGCUAUAUGCAACCUCAACAUCACCCUCCCAUCAUACUGUAAGGAAUCCGAUUCAGACCAAGAGCAAGAGGAUGAGACCAGCAGAACGCAGGAGAAAUAUGAAGAGCGGGAGACAUCAGUCCUGAAAUCAGAGUUGAUUCGAGAGCCAGACCUUCUAUCCGACGUGUCAGAGAUGAAACAAGAUUUGAUCAAAAUGACUGCCAUCUUGACUGCAGACUCAACAGAGAAAUCCCCUUCCUUAGGGGGGUGUGGUCUAGAGAAAGGAACUGAGGACAUUUCUGGAGAACCGUUAGAAAUAAUGGAAAAGGACUUAGAAAAAGUCAAAGAGGACCUAGAGAAAGUCAGUGAGAUACUAAGGAGUGGAACAUAUGAGGGCGAGGUGGCAGAGGAGGCAACAAAAGCAGCUAGAAUGUCAGAGGAGUGGGUUCUUCUCUCAGACAGUGAGAUAGAAGAGGCCAAAAAGAUGGCGGCAAUAGAAAUUCAAGAGCCUGUUUUACGGGAAAGUAGAUCUAACAGAGGGGCUCCCAGACCUAAAGCCAUAAAGGACAGCGGUGAUCUUAAAGAAUACCUCUUGGAUGCACCAGUAAACUCCAACGUAAAAGCUAAGAAAGAGCCAGCCAUACAAGAAAGAUUCACUGAUGUUGUACUGCAGAAAGGUGCGAAAACAACCACUCCAACCAAAGUGCAAGUAAAAACCACUGCUGCUGAUGUUAAAAAGCCAAUCAGAAGAAAGGGGAAAGACCAGGGCCAGGCAGAGGAAUCAACAGAGGCAGGUGGUCUUCUAAGUGUGUCAACAAUCCCUGCUCCAGUAUCGCCUGUAUCCCCAGUGGUUGAAGAAACUCCGAUAGGGUCAAUAAAGGACAAAGUCAAAGCUUUACAGCAGAAAGUUGAGGCAGAGCAAAAGAGCAAAAAGGUCACUGGAAGCAAGCCUUCACAAUUGCCUGUUAUGGGCAAGUCCUCUCCUAAAGCCAAAGAAAGCCCUAAAUUGGAUCCCCCUAAAUCCCCUAAAUCUGAAACUGAAAAACUUGAGGAGACCAUGUCAGUUAAAGAACUGAUGCAAGCAUUCCAAACAGGGCAGGACCCCUCAAAGAGAAAAACUGGGCUGUUUGAGCUCAAAACAUCCACAGCAUCAAGAUCGGAGAAAACCACAAAAUCAGAAACCAUCCAAUCAAAAUCCACGACCAAAGCAUUAACAUCACGUGUUUCUCAAGAGAGAGAAGUAUCUUUGGAUUCAAAACCCCGCAAGAAGGAGACAACUAAGCAAGACAAGUCAGUUGCUCCUGCCCAUUCAGAGCUGACUGAAACUGUAGACUUUGGAAAUUGUGGCCUUGAUGACAGCUCGGACAGCUCAAAACAUGAGGGGGUGGCAGAUUCACUAAGUGCUAGUUCUGGAGAUGGAACUCAUCUAAGCUCUGAGGACAGCUAUAAACAUGAGGGUUUAGCCACACCAGGCACAAGCCCUGAAAGUCUGUGUCCUUCUCCCAAAUCUGGACAGCACGCAACUCCAUCACCAGUUACCACAACAGUCAAAACACUAAGUAAAGACACAGAGAAGUCUGGAGACUCUGGUUUAGGGGCCACUGGUGAACAACUAUCAACAGAAUUGUCCCUCCCUGUUUCUUCCAGCGAAGCUCCAGAUGACCACACUACAAGUGAGUCCACAUCUGUUAGGAGGAGUGAGUCUAAGCCAUCUAAACCCCAAAAGCUUACAAAAAGAAUUUCAGAGACAGUAGAAACUUUUCUUAGCGAUGACGAGAGCCCUGAUCAUCGGUUAGAAUUGGCUUUAAUUGGUUCUCCAGCCUCUAGAUCCUUGUCUCAGCAUCAAGAAAGCUUAGAGCUGCCUUUAAUACAAGACUCAGAUGCGCUCAGCCCAUUAGCUGAUGAUUCUUUGACAAUAAGCCACAGAGACUCUCUAGAGGGUAGUCCUCUUAUGGAAGAAAAUUCCUCGCAUAAGUCCCCAGACUCCAUUGAACCUAGCCCAACCAAGGAAUCACCUCCUCAUGACUCCUUGGAGAGCAGUCCGGUAGAGCAAAAAAGCCACCCUAUCUUCCCAUCAACACUAGGUCCACCUAGUAAAUCCUCUAGCCACCCAGAGCCCAGCAAAACCACAGAAUCCCCGCAUGAUGCAUUGCGUGGUAGGCUGCUUCGAGACCAUGAGACUAGUGCUGAUGAUGACAGUUGUGAGCAGACAUCUCAGAUGACAAGUUCCGGUAAGAGUCCCCUCUCCCCCGAUACUCCUAGUUCUGAAGAGGUAAGUUAUGAGGUUAACUCUAAACCCCCUGACCAUACAUUCCUCUCGGUUCCAUCCAACCCGGCUGUCAUCCCAGAAGAAGAAGAGGAUACAUCAGACAGCUAUGAAACUAAAAGAAAAAUCACUCCAGAGGAGGAAAUGUUUAAGAUGGCAGCCAAAAUAAAAACAUUUGAUGAAAUGGAACAAGACGCGAAGAGCAAAAACAAGUCUAGGAAAGAUUUGUUUUCCUCAGCAGAUGCCAAAAUAGGCGAUGACAGCUAUGAAACGUUAGAGCCCACAACAGGUUUGCAUGAUGGAUCCCACAGCAAAGAGGUCAAGAACACAACAACAACCAGUGUCACUUCAGAGGGGCCUCACUCUGUCUCAGACCACCAUCAUUCAAACACAAAGACACAAACAAACGAACAAAGACUCUCCCCAUCUGUAAAAUGUGAUGCAGACAAAAAGGCUGCUGGAACUUCAAACACUGAAAACAGGACUGAUGAACAAAAGGAAGAGUGCUUAAGGAAGUCAACAGAAUGCAAAGGAGACAACAAAAAUGGUCAAGAGUUAGGUGCUAGCAGGCAACUGACUGGUACACAGAAACCAGGUAACAAUAUAACAGAUGAAGUCAAAGGAGAUCACAGGGAGCAUACAACAGCACCAGAAGCUGGACUUGGUCCAACUGUUGCUGCAGGUCAAACAAAGGAACUGUUCAAACCAGAGGUCUGCAUCUACGAUGACACGGAGGAAGAGGAUGAGGCAUUGGAACCUCCCAGAACUGAGUCAAAAGGUGUUACUGCAAAGGCAGACACUGACUCGUGGUCUGCCAUGCGGGAGGAUGAUGCCACUUUUGCAGCUCGUGUCAAAGAGGAGGAACAGAAGAUACUGAAUUUAGUGGUGGACCGUCAGUCUCUUCAAGCAACUCCAGACACAACACCUGGUAGAACACCAACAGAAGAGAGCACGCCUACCAGUGAGCCCAAUCCUUUUCUGUUCCAAGAAGGGAAGCUCUUUGAGAUGACCCGAAGUGGUGCUAUUGACAUGACUAAGAGAAGCUAUGAGGAAGAGGGGGGUGGCUUUGCCUUUUUCCAGUUAGGUGAACCACCUCUAGAGGAGCCUCUCUUAGAAGAGGCCAGGCAAGAAGGUAAUAGAUCAGCAGCAGAACCUGAAGUUGGCCUCAAUCUUAUACUAGAGGUUAAGACUGAGGAAGAUGAAAAAUCUAAAGAAUCAUCUGAUUCUCAGCUUCAGUCCCCACCACAAGGUGAUCAGACAGGCUCAAAGGCUGAUGCCUCCAAAUCUAAAAUCCCUAAAAUGGGAAUUUCAGCUUCAGCCAAACCUACAAAGAAAGACCAGACAUCCCCUGAAGGUCUAGAUAUUAAAACAGACAAAAAUAUUAAUGAAGGAUCCUUAGAUGUAGACUCAAGUUUCUCUGACCAAAUGAUAACAAAUGUUCAAACAGCAGAAACUACAGUUACAAGAUCUGUUUACUCUGAGCAAGGCCAAGAGUCGUCUGACUCCUCUCCAGAGGAGCCACAGUCAGUGAUAGAAGCCCCCAAACCAACAGGCAAGUCUAAACAAAGUGCUUCCAGUAGUGUUAAAAAGACUCCAGGCAAAACACAAGCUAAGUCUGCUCCUCAAGGUAGGGGUAAUACAUCUAAUACAACUUCCUCUUCAACCUCUCUUAAAAAAGAGGCCUCCUUCACAUCUGAAUCUAAAUCUAAAAUUCCCAUUAAAGCGAGCACCAUCAAGCCUGAUUCUACUGUCAAACGUGUCGAAUCUACCCAAGACAAAAAGCUUAAAGUCCCAGUAAAAAAGGAUACAAGGAGAAAAUCUGAGACAGACGCUGGUCCCUCUGUGGAUGUCAAAACCAAGACAACAUCUUCCAAAGCCAAGAGCUUUUGUGAAGGGGAGUCUACCACUACUAAAAAACCUAAAGGCUUCCAAUCCAGAUUGCCAGUCCGGGGCAAAAGUGGUCAGUCAUCUCAUUCACCAGCACCCACUAAAGAGAAAAGUACGCCACGCAAAAAGUCCAUUGAGUUCUUUGAGGAGAUAAGCGAUGAGGCAGCGAAACUCGUGGCAAGGUUGGCACAGGCAGAGAAAGAGAAAGAACAAGAGGCUGCAGCCGCCAACUCGGAUGAUGAGAGCAGUCUCAUUGAUCCAUCAAUCAUAGAAAAAGAAACUUUCUCUGAGAUGCAGUUCCCUCCUUCAGGAGACGUCUUUCCUAUUAGACCACUGUGGGACGACCCUGUGGAGACACAGAUGCAGCGAAUUCCAGAUGAUAAAGUCCAAAGUCAAGUAGACCCACAUGAUGAAGCAGAGAGAAAAGAGCAACGGUUGGCCAUUAUAGCUGACCACUUAGGCUUCAGCUGGACGGAGUUGGCAAGAGAAGUGGAGUUCAGUGAGGAGAGGAUCAACCUGAUAAGGAUUGAAAACCCCAACUCACUGCAAGACCAAAGCCAUGCCCUUUUGAAACUCUGGGCAGAGAGGGAGGGAAAGCAUGCUACAGAGGCAACGCUGAUCAAGAGACUGACAAAGAUCAACCGAAUGGACAUUGUUCACCUUAUUGAAACCAAGAUUAUCAAGUCCACUCAGGAGGAGACAUCAUCACACACCUAUGCAGAAAUUGAGCGGACAAUAGCACUGGAUCAUAGUGAAGGUUUCUCUGCACUUCAUGAAGACAUUGACAGCCCUCGGCCAGGCAGGCGCACAGAGACAACAAGUAGGAGCCCAGGCUCAGGACAAGAGGUACCCAUGGUGUCAGCAGAGGACCUGUCCCCCAGUUUUUCAUCACUUCAUGAGACAGACUCCACAGCAACAGGCCUUAGAAAUACCCAGAAGGAGAAAUUACAAAAAGAAAUGGAAAUAAAAUACUCAUCACAAAGAAUAUAUGAGGAAAUGAAGGACUCAGUACACACAGGCGGUUUUAAACAAGCUCCUCCUCAGACACCAGAAGAAACAAAGUCUCUAACAGACGAUGAGGUGCAAAGCACAACAGCAGCACAAGACCCCAGUGACAUGGGCGUGCUGUUCACUAAGGAGAAACCAAUGAAAUCAAUUCCCCUACAGCUACCUGAACAGAGCUCGAUCACAACCCACAGGACUGUCACUCCAGUUCUACCUUCAUUUGAGAAGAGUUUCUGUGUGAAGUCAGACAGAUUGCAUGCGUGCUCAGAGUGGGAGUUGUCCACAAAGGAGGCACAGUCCAGUGAGCUUUUUUCACCCAUGUCGAGCCAGUUUCUGGUGCCACCAGAUUAUGAAGCAGUGUUCUCAGGACAUCAAACCUUGAGAGUUUCAGAGUGUAGCCCAGCGUCUCCAGUGUUCAGCGACUCAGCUCAGGUUGUGACUGAAGUCAUCACCGAGAGAGAUUCGGAAACUGCUGAGGACUUGGAGUUUUCCCCAGGCUUUAACCAAGUCCUCUCAGAAUUUGAGAAAACAGUAUCAGAAAUGGAAUCAGAAGAACCAAAGGUGCCACCAAAAGACCUCAUACCUCCUCAGUUCUCUAAGUCUCCGCAGCACUCUGACUCUGAUGCGGAAUUCUUUGACUGCAGACAAGCCUUCUCUGACUUCUCUGAAUCAGAAGAUAUCAAACCGGAACAUGAGAUAGGCUAUCAUAUCUCAGAGCCAUCCUCCCCAAUGCCUGGGAGUAGCCCUGGUAUUGGUUCCCUGAAAGGGAGCCCUCAACACACUUCUCACCCUUUUCUCCGAGUGGAAGAUUACAAGCGCUUCUCCUCAGGCAGUGAAAGCCUUGGGGAGUUUGCCUAUGAUUCUGAGGGCGACGAACCCAAAUGUGAGGAACUUCCUUCAAGAGAUCAGGCAGGGUAUUACGAUGAUGACGACUUCCUGGGAAGGGAGAUAGCAGAUGAACUAGGGAUGCUGUCUGAUAGCUCAGAGGAGGAGGUGCUGACCACCAGGGUGGUCCGACGCAGAGUUAUCAUUCAGGCUGAUGACCUGCCAGAUAUCCCAGCACAGACUGUCACUGAGGAGAAAUACACAGACGAGCAUGGGAACAUGGUAGUUAAGAAGAUCACACGGAAGGUGGUUCGUAAAUACGUAUCUGCGGAUGGGAUGGAGACACAGGAAGUGACCAUCGAGGGCUCUCGCCAGGAGACGGUGCAGAUCGAGGAGGGAGACACUGUCUCCAGAGUGGUAAAGAGAACUGUGCUUCACAGUGAGGGAGAUCAGAAAGAGCUGACAUUGUCCGAGCCCCUGGCCUCGGGCGCUGCCACAGCAUCAGAGUUUGAGAUGGAGCCAGUGCAGGGUCGAAAGGUCAGCAAGGUUGUCAAGACAACGAUGGUGAAAGGAAAGAGGAUGGAGAAGCAGACGGGGGACCCCUCACUGGCGGCAGAUCUCCCCUCAGCCAGGGAGGACUUUGAGAAGGCUUUGAGUUAUGCCGGGGGCUUUGGGAAACAGCUCCUGCCUCAUGUAGUAGAGAAAGAGUUUGUGCAGGACGACGGUUCUGUGGUUAGAAGAAGCCACAUGCGUAAAUCAAGAACCCAGAAGAGGACUGUGGUGAGGGAUGCCCGGGGGAAGCAUGUGCACCUGGAGCGGCUGGAUGACACCCCAGACGCCCUGCAGCCCAACUCCCUGCAGCAGCACCUGCACCAACUGCUCCGACACUACUGUGAGGACAACAGGGAGGAGGAGGAGGAGGAAGAGGAGGAGAGCUUAGACUGAGCAGCUGCUUCCACUGAUCCUCUCCCUGCGCCUCCCACUGAAGCCUUUGGUGAUGAUCAAGCUGUUACACAUCCCCUUCCUGUUUCUCUUCUUUUUGUCAAAUAAUGGAACAGUAUUUUGUGCUUUCACGCUCUUCCCUCCCUCACAUUGUGUUUCGCUCUUUUUGUAACCAAAGAUAGCCCCCUUUUUUCGUUGGAUUCUUCUUUUCUGUUUCCCGUCUUUUUACCUCUCGGCUGCUGUGGCGUGGCCAAAGCACGACGCACCAAAGGUGGGGCUUCUCGGACGUUCCGCCUCACGCACGGGCCUCUUCUUGAAGAACUCUUGUAAAACAUUUGUAUAUAGAGAAGAAAAGAUCGUGCUUGGACUGGAAAGAAAACAAACCUAAGCAUUUAAUACGUUAGCCCACCUAAACCUGCUGUACAUGCACCGAUGCAGCUGGAGAACGGCCCCUGUACAGAUGAGAUUAAUGUUACACGGAGAAUGAACUGGGAGGAGUGAAAGUGAAUCAUCAUGGACUCUUAAUACAGCCAAACAUCAACCUGCUGAUGUGUUUACAAUGGCUGUGUGAGCACACCUUUUGUCUUCCCAUGAUGCAUCUCCCCCCCCCCUUGUUUUUUUUUUCCACGUGUCCGUCCCAACGUGUGUCGUGCGUUCACAUUUUAUCUUCCACAGAGCUGCCACCUCUGUGUGUGUAUAUACAGUGUGUCUAUCGAGAGAGAGAGAGAGAGAGUAGUGAUGAGGAGUGCUCCGACGCACUCGUCCUCAAACACCUAGUCGCUCCCGUCGUCUGUGUUUCACCCUCCUUCACCACGUGUGCUGCGUCUCCUCAACUCAAACUGCAGCGGUGCUCAUGUUAUACCGUCCUCCAUGAAGCCUUGUCCAGGACGAGUCUGGUGCAGUUUUUUUCUUAUUGUCAGCAAAUUCCGUGAAGAAGCUCUAAACAACAAUGAUAACGUGUGUGUGUGUGUGUG